AUGGGUGCUCUGAGACUCCCAUCACUAACUUCCCUCUUCACCUCCCCCUCUUCCGCCGCCGCUCUUCACCGUCGACACCUCCACCUCCCUUUGCGCCGGCUCUAUACGGCCAAUUGUUCUGCGCAAAGCAGCACCGCCGAGAAAGAAAUAUCGUCUACUUCCGAACUAGAAGGUCCUCCAAAGCUCAAACUCCAGCAAGACAAAGAUAGAGUAAUUACGCCUCGCUCGCAGGACUUCAAUUCUUGGUACUUAGACAUCAUUGCGAAUGCCGAGCUCGCUGAUUACGGUCCGGUUCGUGGCACCAUGGUUAUUCGCCCCUACGGUUAUGCAAUUUGGGAAGCUAUUCAGGACUAUUUGAAUGCGAAGUUCAAAGAAACUGGUCAUAGUAAUAUGUAUUUCCCACAGUUUAUACCAUAUUCAUUUAUCGAGAAAGAAGCUAGCCAUGUUGAGGGCUUUAGUCCAGAAUUAGCGCUUGUGACAAUUGGAGGGGGGAAGGAGCUUGAAGAAAAGCUUGUGGUUAGGCCUACAAGUGAAACAAUCGUGAAUCACAUGUUUACUCAAUGGAUUCAUAGUUACCGUGAUCUCCCGCUUAUGAUCAACCAGUGGGCAAAUGUUACAAGAUGGGAAAUGCGUACAAAACCAUUUGUGAGAACUCUUGAAUUUCUUUGGCAGGAGGGUCACACAGCUCAUGCUACUCCAGAGGAAGCAGAAAUGGAGGCAUUACAGAUGAUUGAUGUGUAUACAAAAUUUGCUUAUGAGCAAGCUGCAAUACCCGUUAUUGCAGGUCGUAAGUCGAAGGUAGAGACGUUCGCAGGUGCUUCCAAGACCUAUACAAUUGAAGCAAUGAUGGGUGAUCGGAAGGCUUUGCAGGCUGGAACAAGCCACAACCUUGGGCAGAAUUUUUCCCGUGCAUUUGGAACCCAGUUCACUGAUGAAAAUGGACAAAGGGAACAUGUAUGGCAGACAUCAUGGGCAAUAAGCACCAGGUUUAUUGGUGGUAUCAUAAUGACCCAUGGGGAUGAUACUGGCCUAAUGCUUCCCCCGAAGCUGGCACCAGUGCAGGUCAUUAUUGUUCCAAUAUGGAAAAAGGCUGAUGAGAGGACAGGAGUACUUAACGCUGCCUCAUCUGUGAAAGAAAUUCUGCAAGCUGCAGGGAUCAAGGUUAAGAUUGACGAUUCCGAACAGAGAACACCUGGAUGGAAAUUCAACUUUUGGGAAAUGAAGGGUGUUCCUCUAAGGAUUGAAAUUGGACCUCGCGACGUUUCAAGCAGCAGUGUGGUUGUAUCUAGAAGAGAUAUUCCUGGGAAACAAGGGAAAGUUUUUGGUAUAUCCAUGGAAUCGUCAUCUUUGGUACCUUACGUUAAAGAUAAGUUGGAUGAGAUCCAGUCCUCACUUCUGGGAACGGCCAUGUCAUUUCGAGAUAGUAACAUUAUGGACGUGUGUUCUUAUGCCGAGCUUAAAGAGGCAAUAGCUCAAGGCAAAUGGGCAAGGGGACCUUGGUCUGCUAGUGACAGUGAAGAACUGAAGGUCAAAGAAGAAACCGGAGCAACCAUUAGGUGUUUCCCUUUUGAACAGCCACAGGGGACGAAAAAAUGCUUGAUGACUGGCAAUCCAGCAGAUGAAGUAGCAAUUUUUGCCAAAUCUUACUAG